AUGAGGUACGUUUCUUUAGUCCUUCUGGCCAUCGCAGGCCUCCAGUGCCACGGUACAGCUGCCAUCCCCGCCAACAACACACAUACCGAAGCUUGCACCAAUCCUCUCGUCAGACACGAAUGGCGACACCUGUCUUUGGAACAAAGGCUUGACUACAUUGAUUCUAUAAAAUGUCUGAUGGCCCUUCCGUCGGAGGGUAACGACCUGUGGCCUGGGGCAAAGUCCCGAUACGACGAUUUCCAGGGCAUGCACAUUUACUUGACGAAGCAAGUCCAUUUCAAUGGCCCAUUCCUUCCAUGGCAUCGCUGGAUGCUGUAUCUCUUCGAGUCAGAGCUACGCGCCAAAUGUGAUUACAAAGGCAGCCUCCCAUACUGGGACAUGGGGUUGGACAACACCGCCGAGAGUUUCGCAAAGUCCCCUGUCUUUGAUAACAUCUACGGCGUGGGAGGAAAUGGGCCCUAUAUCAAAGAUGUCACCGAUCCGGAAGAGUUCCCAGUUCAGAAACCAAUCGAGAUCCCAGAAAGAUCUGGAGGCGGCAAGUUUACCUUGAGUCUUCGCUGCGUCCAAGAGGGACCGUUCGCUAACAUCACCGUACCCAUGGGCCUCGGGUAUUCGCUCGAGUAUACUCCUCACUGCCUCCGCCGUGAUUUCAGCCUACCCAUCAUCACGAGCGCUCUCAGUGAUGAAGUCAUCAACCGGACCCUGUCCGCGACCUCAUUUGACGAGUUCAACUUGCAUAUUCAGGGAUACAGUAUGCAGGUUAGCGGCAUGACACUGCACGCAGGGAUGCACUUGGGAAUCGGUGGUGCAGUUGGAGACGUUGCUGAUAUGUAUUCAUCGCCCGGUGAUCCCAUUUUCUACUUCAUCCACGGCGCUCUGGAUAAGAUCUGGAACGAGUGGCAGCGCAUCGAUUGGCCAGCUCGUAAGACGGACAUUGGCGGACCUGAUGUUAUAUGGGCCUACCCCGUCAACUUCUUUGGAGACGUCGCCUACGAGAACAUCACUCUGCAGUACCCGUUGUCUUUCCCGAACUUCAGUGGGAAUAUGACUGUUGCUGAAGUGACGGACAUUCAGGGGGGACCCUUUUGCUAUGAGUACAAAUGA